AUGCCGAAGAGGUUCACGGAGUUGCUUGCUGAAAUCACGCCGAAAGCCAAUUGCAAAUAUUCGGUGGUAAAUGUGCGAUCAAGUGCCAGGGAAACGAAGCCAUUGGUGAGUGCGCCGUCUCGAUCAGAGAGACCGCGUACAUUGAAGAUUGAACACUUGAUCGUUGUCUGUCAGGAUGGAAUUCCAUUUUUUGCUUUAGAGGUAUAUGUUUACUUGUCUUUGUACAAUGACCGUGUUGAAAGGUUGGUGUUUGUCUCAAAAGCAGACACCACUGGGUUGCUCUCCAAGCGUGGUGGAGACGGUAUCAAGAUCAAAGAUAUAGUCAAGGUGGCAUUGAAAUGGAUCCUCAAGUACCCAAUUGAGACAUACGUUGAAUCUGCUCAUUUGAAAAGGCGCCAGGCGGAUGCUGACUCAGUCCAUACAGAGGUUAGUCCUGAGUUAUGUCAUACUUAUCAAUCGGCGACCCAACGCGUUUUACACGCGUUAGUUGUCAAAGCAAGGGGAUUGUCUAAACCCAAACCUGUGAAGCCUCAAAACAAAGACCUGGUGGUCCCAAAGAACCAGAUCACGAAAUUGUGUCUUUUCACCAGAGCAGAGCCCCAAUAUCUGUUCCCAGGCUCAGACCAAAACCACUCUAAGCACGUUCUCUCUGGUGAUAAGCUUCUGAAAUGGUGGGCCGAUAUUGUUGAUGGACUGGUUGCAGAGACCUUCUCCGAGAUUGACCAAUUAAAAAUCAACAUUCCUGGUGCUGAGCCAAGAACAGUGGAGCGUACCUUUGGGAAAACUGGUAGCUGGAAAGUUGGUGACAUUUUUUCUGCGAACAAUGCAUCUAGCUCUGAUCUUGCCGUCCAUAGAAUACCUCUAUUACCAGAUGACCCUAAGGGCAGAUUUUUGGAGCAUCUGGUAGUGGAAAACAGAAUCAAAAAAGUGUCUAUUUCCCAGUUCUGGGUCGAGUUGGCGAUUAGACAGGAAUUCAGGCUUGGGAUCACUGUGGGUGUGAUUGGGGCCGUGGGGAAAGUCAGGCCAAGUGAAGGUAUCUAUACUACAGAAGUGGCUUUGACUAAGGCUGAACUACAAAAUGUUAAAGAUCUUCUUAUAGAAAGAGAUUAUUCAGACGUCAGCUCGGCAAAGGAAUUUUCAGAGCGUGUUAGCCAAGAUGAACGGAUAAGCCUGGAAUUUUUCACUGGAAAUAGAGAACCAAGCAAAGCCGUCAACCAGCCAAACGCAGAAACUCAGGUAAAUGCCGUUUUAACUGUGAGAAAGCGUCCUAAAUCUGAACAGGUGAACAGUCUCAACAAUUUCAUCAGAAAGAAGCCAAAGAAUUAG